AUGCAGGCCCUCGUGCUACUCCUCUGGACCGGAGCCCUCCUCGGGAGCGGCAGCUGCCAGAACAACGCUGGCAGCCCGGAGGGCUCCCCGGACCAGGAGGCCACGGCGGCGCCCCCGGAGGAGGAGGACCCCUUCUUCAAGGUCCCCGUGAACAAGCUGGCCGCCGCCGUCUCCAACUUCGGCUACGACCUGUACCGUGCGCAGUCCAGCGCCAGCCCCGCGGCCAACGUGCUCCUGUCCCCGCUCAGCGUGGCCACGGCGCUCUCCGCCCUCUCGCUGGGCGCUGAGCAGCGGACAGAGUCCACCAUCCACCGGGCUCUCUACUACGACCUGAUCACCAACCCUGACAUCCACGGCACCUACAGGGAGCUCCUGGCCGCAGUCACCGCCCCCCAGAAAAACCUCAAGACCGCCUCCCGGAUCGCCUUCGAGAGGAAGCUGCGGAUAAAGACCAGCUUUGUCGCGCCCCUGGAGAAGUCCUAUGGGUCCAGGCCCAGGGUCCUGACCGGCAACGCCCGCACGGACCUGCAGGAGAUGAACAACUGGGUGCAGGCCCAGACCAAAGGGAAGGUGGCGAGGUCCACCAGGGACUUGCCCAGCGAAAUCAGCAUCCUCCUCCUGGGGGUGGCUUACUUCAAGGGGCAGUGGGUAACAAAGUUUGAUCCCAAAAAGACUUCGCUCCAGGAUUUCCACUUGGACGAGGAGAGGACGGUGAGAGUGCCCAUGAUGUCAGACCCGAAGGCUGUCUUACGCUACGGCUUGGAUUCUGACCUGAACUGCAAGAUUGCCCAGUUGCCCUUGACUGGAAGCAUGAGUAUCAUCUUCUUCCUGCCCCUGAGAGCGACCCAGAACUUGACCAUGAUAGAAGAGAGCCUCACCUCUGAGUUCGUUCAUGACAUAGACCGAGAACUGAAGACCGUUCAAGCAGUCCUGGCCGUCCCCAAGCUGAAGCUGAGUUACGAAGGCGAAGUCACUAAGUCACUACAGGACAUGAAGCUGCAAUCCCUAUUCGAUUCGCCAGACUUCAGCAAGAUCACGGGCAAAUCUAUCAAACUCACUCAAGUGGAACACCGGGCCGGCUUCGAGUGGAAUGAGGACGGGGCAGGCAGCACCCCCGGCCCGGAGCUCCAGCCCGCGCGCCUCACCUUCCCCCUGGACUAUCACCUCAACCGGCCGUUCAUCUUCGUGCUGAGGGACACGGACACGGGGGCCCUCCUCUUCAUAGGCAAAAUUCUGGACCCCAGGGGCACUUAG